GAGAGCGAGAAGUACGUGUGGUGAGGCUCGCUUCCUGUGUGUGCAUAACUGAGGUCCCUGUCAGCGGCAGUGUUCAUUCAGCCGCCUCCGGUUUUUCUGAAUUGUACGUUAGCUACGGUGCGGGAGCUCUCAGGCGAAACACGGUGGUUAGGGUGGUGGAACCAUGGCUGUGAACCUAAGCAAAAACGGCCCAGCACUAACUGCUGCUUACAAGGAGGUGGUGGACGAAAAAUCCAAUACCAACUGGGCGUUGUUCACCUAUGAAGGAAACACCAAUGACAUUCGAUUGGCUGAGAAGGGAGAUGGGGGCCUGGAGGAGCUGGUGGAGGAGCUGAACAGUGGGAAGGUUAUGUACGCCUUCUGCCGGGUCCAGGACCCCAACUCCGGCCUGCCCAAAUAUGUCCUCAUAAACUGGACUGGUGAAGGGGUGAAAGAUGCCAGGAAAGGCCUGUGUGCCAAUCACGUCAGCUCCAUGGCCAAUUUUCUAAAGGGGGCCCACGUGACCAUCAACGCCCGCGCCGAGGAGGACGCGGAGCCCGAGGUCAUCAUGCAGAAGGUGGCCAAGGCCUCCGGGGCCAACUACAGCUUCCACAAAGAGUCCAACCGCUUCCGAGACUCCGGCCCCCAGGGGCCCGUGGGCUCUGUCUAUCAGAAGACCAACGCCAUAUCUGAAAUCAAAAAGAUCAACAAGGACACGUUCUGGGCACAGGCUGAGAAAGACGAGGAGAAGCGGAGGCAGGAGGACAGGCGGAGGGCCGAGGAGGAGCGCCAGCACCUGGAGCGCGAGCGCAAGGACCGGGAGGCCAAGGAGGCGGCGCUGAGGGACAAGAGGGACAAGGAGAGAGCCAAUCAGAUCGACCAGCAGAAGAAGUUCCAGCAGAAGCAGGACUCUGAAAACAGAGACCAGGAGAGGCACCAGUGGGAGGCGCAGGAGAAAGAUUUCCAGGCCGUGCAGAAGAAGGGGUUCAAGCGCGGCGAAUCGGUGGAGAAAGCCCAAGAGGCGGCCUCCGUCAUCUCCCAGCGCUCGAUGAACCCCAGGGAGAUGUUCAAGCAGAGGGAGAGGGGCGUGGCCCCCGACAACAGAGAGGCCCCGCCCAGCCCCCAGCCAGGGCGGCUGCACAGCCCCUUUCUGUCCAAGCAGCCCUGCGAGCCGGAGCGGUCCAGCUCGCCCCUGCGCCAAGCCUCGCCUGUGCCCGCCUCGCCCGUCCCCGCCGCCCCCGCCUCGCCCGUCCCCGCAGCCCCUGCCUCGCCCGUACCCGCCGCCCCUGCCUCGCCCGUCCCCGCCGCAGAGCCCACUGUCGAAGAGCAGUCCAGGUCUGAGUGGGAGGAACAGGAAGAAGCGCCCCAGGAGGAUUACGAAGAUGUGCAGGCAGUCCCGGAGGAGCAGCCGGCCGCGGGCAAGCAGUAUAACUCCCACCAGGUCGCCGCCCCCGCCGAAGAGCUCUACGAAGCCGUCCCUGAGCCCGACAGCAUUUACGAGGAGCCCCCCCAGGUAGGGCCGGAGCCCCCGGCCUCCACGGCGGAGGAGCAGAACGCCGCGGAUGGCACCGCCAACCGGGGCAUCUGCGCCAGGGCCCUGUACGACUACCAGGCUGCCGACGACACGGAGAUCUCCUUCGAUCCCGACGACAUCAUCACGGGCAUCGAGAUGAUCGACGAGGGCUGGUGGCGGGGUUACAGCCCCGACGGGGGCUACGGAAUGUUCCCAGCCAAUUACGUGGAGGUUAUCUAAACCUGGGCUCCGCCCACUCACUGGAUCAGCAAAUCAGAGCCGGGCUGCACCCCCAGCCCUGACUAGGACUCCGGCUAGCUACACAGGGGACCAAUUGGACCAAAAAAAAAAAACCGGCUUCUACAUUCGAUUGGUGUAUCAUUAGAAAAACUCCAUAUGGGCCAGCUAUAUUGAGAACUAGUCUAGGGACCAUGGGAAAUUUAAACAUACCCACAUCAAAGAAAGCUGAACUGAAAGGGGUCUUAUGAUUUUAUUAUUAUUGUUAUUAUUACUAUUGUGAUUACAUUAGACCAGUUCUUCCACGACACCAGAUAUUUUAUAAACUGAGAAGUUUCCCCAAAGGUUAUGAGCCGAUGUGCAUGUUUUAGCUUAGGAGUCCUCUGUGAAAAAUUGAGUGCACUUGCAAAUCACAUUCCUCUAAAAAAAAAAAAAAAACCAUUUCCAUUAUUUUACCAAUUCCGUUAUUUUCCCCCUGUGUUUUGGUCAGUUUGAAAUCCUCACGGACAUCCUAGCAAAAGGAUGUUUUAAGGCUCACAGAAGGUACCCAUGAUUUGACAUUGCAGGGAAGGUGCGUGGGCCUUCUUUACCAGUCACGCAUUGAAGUUACUAGCCUUGUGUUGCCUUUUACUCUUUAAGGAGAUUUUAAAUUCCAGUUUUUUGUUUUGUUUUUCUUUGAAGCUGUUAUAUAAAUUGAGAUUGCUAAAACAGAUAGCUUGUGUGAAUCGGAGACCACAGUUUGCAUUGCAGUCGGAUUAGAUAUUGGAACAGAACUUUACUGUAGUGUUGGGAAUGAGCGUUUAAUGUUAUAAGACUCGAACAAACCUGCAGAACCAAGGGCAAGGUGCAUGGCACACAGUUAACUGGUUAUACGUCCGUUUCUUUUCUGAAGAAACGGACCUGCUUGCAUGCCCACAUAAUUUGGAAACUUCCUCAACUUCCCCUUUUUGGUUCACUGCAAAUUAUUGUUAGCAACCUUAUUUCCAGGUUGUCUGGUUUUGCGGUUGUGAGCCUACGGACGCGGAAGUGUCAUUCGAUGGUGGUAAAGCAAGGGCCACAGAGUGAAAUUAUGUCUUUGCUUUCACUUACUUGUUCUAACCACAGUCCUGUAAUCAGUCUUUCUGCCAAUUGCAUUCACCUGACCUUGUCUUGUUUAGUUUUUUUGUUUGUUUUUUUUUUUUUUAAACUUGUAUGAAAAAAUCAUUGUGAAAGAAUAAUCAUUCUGUGGGACAUUUGUCACUUUAAUUAAUAAUAAAGGAAUUUAAAAUCGUGGAAA